AGCAGCUCAGUCAGAGGAUCUUGAAGUUUCACUCCACCGUGAGCGAGGCCAGAGCCAACAUGGAUGCCAUGACACGCAUCAUACAGGGCUGGGCGGAGCUUCACCUGCUGCACUCAGGUGACUUCCUGCCGGAGGGUGGAGCUUCGGGGCGGAGCCACAGGUGCAUCACAGAGGAGGGUCAGGAGCUGCUGCGGCUCACACAGGUGAACUGCAGUCUGUACGCUGCUGGACACGGCCCCCCCCACCUGGAGCAGCUACCUGGAGCACAUCGAUGACAGAGUUCAGGACGCUCUGCUCAACAUGAUGCACACCGCACUCACCUUCCUGUGUGACAGCAUGAGCCCUAAGAGCUGCAGUGUGUUUCUGACAGUGAGUCUGCAGCUGCAGGAAACAGGAAGUGUGUUUGAGCCCUCAGUGGGCGGCGGCCUCUCAGACCUCCUGCAGAGUUUCAUCAACGACGUCUACAGCGCCGCCAGCCUGCCCCCCCGCAUCUCUGACGGUCACCACGGCAACUACCAGGUGUGUCUGCAGCAGGAGCCCCGCCUCUCUGCUCUGGAACAGGAAGUGAUGCGUCUCCUGCAGAAGGUGAAGGAGGAGGCGGAGCUCCUGCAGGUGAAGAUGGACAGGUACUCUUACCUGUGGCAGAGCGACAGGCGGGCUGUGAUGCAGGAGUUCCUCACCUACAGCCGGCAGCUGGGCCCCGAGGAGCUGGAGGCCCCGGAGGCCCCGCCCACCCUGAAGGACUUCCAGAGAGAGCUGCAGGCCCUCAGCAGCCUGCAGGUGGAGCUGUCUCACCUGGACGAGCAGCGGCUGCUGGGCUGGCUGAAGGUGGAGCUCCGCCCCUUCAGAGACUCCCUGCUGUCAAUCAUCCAGGAGUGGAGCGACAUGUACACACAGCACCUGCUGAGCUCCGUCAGCACAAGUCUGCAGCAGGUGACUCAGCACGCUGAUGAAGACUCCUCUUCCUCCUCUGGGUUCCCGGUGACGGAGACUCUGCUGCUGCUGGAGGCUACAGGAGUGCAGCUGCCUGAACAUCUGUCUGCACAGCUGCAGUGCUGAUGAGGACUCAGCUGACCUGAGAUCAGACUCCUCAGUAUUACCUGCUGUGCUGCCUUCACUGACCCUCUGUGAACCUCCUCACCUAUAAUCAUAUAAUAAUGUCUUCAUAAUAAACAGGAAGUUAU